AUGGAACAUUGUAACAUUGAUAUUACUCCUGCUGAACCAAAGUUACAACUGUCAAAGAAUGAGCACGAGAAGGAUGUUAAUCUAACUAGGUAUCAGAGGCUGAUUGGAUCUUUACGGUAUUUGUGCAAUACGAGACCAAAUUUGGAUUUUAGUGUCGAAAUUAUGAGCAAAUUCAUGGAGAUACUGAAGAUGUCUCACUUUGUAGCAGUCAAGAGGAUCCUAAGAUACAUCAAAGGUUCUAUUGGAUGUGGAAUUUUGUUUCCCACAACAGACAAGGGCAUAAAGUAUAAUUUAUUUUCAUAUACACAUUCUAACUGGUGCAAAAAUAAAGAUGACAGAAAAUCCACGGAUGAAUACAUCUUUAUGUUUAGAGAAACACCAAUCUCAUGGUUUUCAAAGAAGAAAUCGGUAGUGGCGCUUUCUUCUUGUGAGGCCGAGUAUAUUGCAACUUCGUUGUGUGCGUGGCAAGCUGUAAGGUUGAUGAAUCUAUUGAAGGAACUAUUCAGUGAAGAUGGAGAGAUUGUAAUGCUCAUGGUUGACAAUGUUUCCGCUAUAAACCUUGCUAAGAAUCCCAUUACACAUGAGAGAAACAAAUAUAUUAAAAUGAGACUUCACUACUUCAGAGAGCUUAUUAGUGAAGGAAGAUUGAGGUUGGCGUAUUAUAGAAAUGAAGACUAA